CGGGCCACCCGAAGCCUAGUGCUGGGCCGGGCCGGGCCGGGGUGGGUGGGGGCCCGCCCGGCCCGCCCAUGGGCUCAGGAUGCCGGUGCGGAGGGGCCACGUCGCGCCGCAGAACACCUUCCUGGACACCAUCAUCCGCAAGUUUGAGGGCCAGAGCCGUAAGUUCAUCAUCGCCAACGCUCGGGUGGAGAACUGCGCCGUCAUCUACUGCAACGACGGCUUCUGCGAGCUGUGCGGUUACUCGCGGGCCGAGGUGAUGCAACGACCCUGCACCUGCGACUUCCUGCACGGGCCGCGCACGCAGCGCCGCGCUGCCGCGCAGAUCGCGCAGGCACUGCUGGGCGCCGAGGAGCGCAAAGUGGAGAUCGCCUUCUACCGGAAAGAUGGGAGCUGCUUCCUAUGUCUGGUGGAUGUGGUGCCCGUGAAGAACGAGGAUGGGGCUGUCAUCAUGUUCAUCCUCAAUUUCGAGGUGGUGAUGGAGAAGGACAUGGUGGGGUCCCCGGCUCAUGACACCAAUCACCGGGGCCCCCCCACCAGCUGGCUGGCCCCAGGCCGCGCCAAGACCUUCCGCCUGAAGCUGCCCGCGCUGCUGGCGCUGACGGCCCGGGAGUCGUCGGUGCGGUCGGGCGGCGCAGGCGGCGGGGGCGCCCCCGGGGCCGUGGUGGUGGACGUGGACCUGACGCCCGCGGCACCCAGCAGCGAGUCCCUGGCCCUGGACGAAGUGACGGCCAUGGACAACCACGUGGCAGGGCUUGGGCCCGCGGAGGAGCGGCGCGCGCUGGUGGGCCCCGGCUCUCCGCCCCACAGCGCGCCCGGCCCGCUCCCAUCGCCCCGCGCGCACAGCCUCAACCCCGACGCUUCAGGCUCCAGCUGCAGCCUGGCCCGGACGCGCUCCCGAGAGAGCUGCGCCAGCGUGCGCCGCGCCUCGUCCGCCGACGACAUCGAGGCCAUGCGCGCCGGGGCGCUGCCCCCGCCACCGCGCCACGCCAGCACCGGGGCCAUGCACCCCCUGCGCAGUGGCUUGCUCAACUCCACCUCAGACUCCGACCUCGUGCGCUACCGCACCAUCAGCAAGAUUCCCCAAAUCACCCUCAACUUUGUGGACCUCAAGGGUGACCCCUUCUUGGCUUCGCCCACCAGUGACCGUGAGAUCAUAGCACCCAAGAUAAAGGAGCGAACCCACAAUGUCACCGAGAAGGUCACCCAGGUCCUGUCCCUGGGCGCCGACGUGCUGCCUGAGUACAAGCUGCAGGCACCACGCAUCCACCGCUGGACCAUCCUGCAUUACAGCCCCUUCAAGGCGGUGUGGGACUGGCUCAUCCUGCUGCUGGUCAUCUACACGGCCGUCUUCACACCCUACUCGGCUGCCUUCCUGCUGAAGGAGACGGAAGAAGGCCCGCCUGCUACCGAGUGUGGCUAUGCCUGCCAGCCGCUGGCCGUGGUCGACCUCAUCGUGGACAUCAUGUUCAUCGUGGACAUUCUCAUCAACUUCCGCACCACCUACGUCAAUGCCAACGAGGAGGUGGUCAGCCACCCCGGCCGCAUCGCCGUCCACUACUUCAAGGGCUGGUUCCUCAUCGACAUGGUGGCCGCCAUCCCCUUCGACCUGCUCAUCUUCGGCUCUGGCUCUGAGGAGCUGAUCGGACUGCUGAAGACUGCGCGGCUGCUGCGGCUGGUGCGCGUGGCGCGGAAGCUGGACCGCUACUCAGAGUACGGCGCGGCCGUGCUGUUCUUGCUCAUGUGCACCUUCGCGCUCAUCGCGCACUGGCUGGCCUGCAUCUGGUACGCCAUCGGCAACAUGGAGCAGCCGCACAUGGACUCCCGCAUCGGCUGGCUGCACAACCUGGGCGACCAGAUAGGCAAGCCCUACAACAGCAGCGGCCUGGGCGGCCCCUCCAUCAAGGACAAGUAUGUGACCGCGCUCUACUUCACCUUCAGCAGCCUCACCAGUGUGGGCUUUGGCAACGUCUCUCCCAACACCAACUCAGAGAAGAUCUUCUCCAUCUGCGUCAUGCUCAUUGGCUCCCUCAUGUACGCUAGCAUCUUCGGCAACGUGUCGGCCAUCAUCCAGCGGCUGUACUCGGGCACAGCCCGCUACCACACACAGAUGCUGCGGGUGCGGGAGUUCAUCCGCUUCCACCAGAUCCCCAACCCCCUGCGCCAGCGCCUCGAGGAGUACUUCCAGCACGCCUGGUCCUACACCAACGGCAUCGACAUGAACGCGGUGCUGAAGGGCUUCCCUGAGUGCCUGCAGGCGGACAUCUGCCUGCACCUGAACCGCUCACUGCUGCAGCACUGCAAACCCUUCCGAGGGGCCACCAAGGGCUGCCUUCGGGCCCUGGCCAUGAAGUUCAAGACCACACAUGCACCGCCAGGGGACACACUGGUGCAUGCUGGGGACCUGCUCACCGCCCUGUACUUCAUCUCCCGGGGCUCCAUCGAGAUCCUGCGGGGCGACGUCGUCGUGGCCAUCCUGGGGAAGAAUGACAUCUUUGGGGAGCCUCUGAACCUGUAUGCAAGGCCUGGCAAGUCGAACGGGGACGUGCGGGCCCUCACCUACUGUGACCUACACAAGAUCCAUCGGGACGACCUGCUGGAGGUGCUGGACAUGUACCCUGAGUUCUCCGACCACUUCUGGUCCAGCCUGGAGAUCACCUUCAACCUGCGAGAUACCAACAUGAUCCCAGGCUCCCCUGGCAGUGCGGAGUUAGAGGGUGGCUUCAGUCGGCAACGCAAGCGCAAGCUGUCCUUCCGCAGGCGCACGGACAAGGACACGGAGCAGCCAGGGGAGGUGUCGGCCUUGGGGCCGGGCCGGGCGGGGGCAGGGCCGAGUAGCCGGGGCCGGCCGGGGGGGCCGUGGGGGGAGAGCCCGUCCAGUGGCCCCUCCAGCCCUGAGAGCAGUGAGGAUGAGGGCCCAGGCCGCAGCUCCAGCCCCCUCCGCCUGGUGCCCUUCUCCAGCCCCAGGCCCCCCGGAGAGCCGCCGGGUGGGGAGCCCCUGAUGGAGGACUGCGAGAAGAGCAGCGACACUUGCAAUCCCCUGUCAGGCGCUUUCUCGGGAGUGUCCAACAUUUUCAGCUUCUGGGGGGACAAUCGGGGCCGCCAGUACCAGGAGCUCCCUCGAUGCCCCGCCCCCACCCCCAGCCUCCUCAACAUCCCCCUCUCCAGCCCGGGUCGGCGGCCCCGGGGUGACGUGGAGAGCAGGCUGGACGCCCUCCAGCGCCAGCUCAACAGGCUGGAGACCCGGCUAAGUGCAGACAUGGCCACUGUCCUGCAGCUGCUACAGAGGCAGAUGACGCUGGUCCCGCCCGCCUACAGUGCUGUGACCACCCCGGGGCCUGGCCCCACUUCCACGUCCCCACUGUUGCCCGUCAGCCCCCUCCCAACCCUCACCUUGGACUCGCUUUCUCAGGUUUCCCAGUUCAUGGCGUGUGAGGAGCUGCCCCCGGGGGCCCCAGAGCUCCCCCAAGAUGGCCCCACGCGACGCCUCUCCCUGCCGGGCCAGCUGGGGGCCCUCACCUCCCAGCCCCUGCACAGACACGGCUCGGACCCGGGCAGUUAGUGGGGCUGCCCAGUGUGGACACAUGGCUCACCCAGGGAUCAAGGCACUGCUGGGCCGCUCCCCUUGGAGGCCCUGCUCAGGAGGCCCUGACCGUGGAAGGGGAGAGGAAC